AUGUCUUCUGUUUCUGAUGAAAUUUAUGUCGGUCGUGAUGAGCUUUUAUCAUAUUUGACUACAUAUACAUCUUUCUGGGGUUUUAUUUCCCGUUUCCGAGAAGUGAUCAUUACCUCGUCAUUGACUUCACCUACUUCCUGCUGGCAAGACCUCAAUAAUACUUGG